AUGAGUGAAACGAAGGAGCGCUCAGCUAGUGUCGACUCCGAUGUUUCUUAUGAGAUUAUAGAAAUAGCUGAUUGCAAUGAUAGACUGAAAGGCUUUCUCGUGCGAGUUGCAGUCAUACUUGUUGUUCUUGGAUGCUGCUCAGGUGCUCUCAUUUGGUCUUUUGAGAAAGGAGAAUCAGGAGUUAACAAUGGUACUCAUUAUCGCAACAGCUCAUCAACCUUUUCCAUUUAUGUCGAUGAGUAUACUGUUAAGGAUGGAACUUAUACAGUGACUUUCAAAACUCCUGACAGCCCUAACAAUACAUUAGAGCAACCUGAGGUGUAUCCUUCAUUCUGGAUUCAAGACAAUGUCAACAAAAGAUUAGUUCAUAAAAAAGACAAUAUGACAACUGUUUUUUGCUAUCUAACUCAUGCUUACUGGAUCAGAUAUGAUAAAUAUGGAGAUGUUGUGAGUUGCAAAGAUGACCGAACAGUUUCUUACCAAACAUAUAUUGAUCGUUUGGGUUUGGCCAAUUUAACAAAAGAACAUUCAGCCAUUGAGGUAACUCAUAAUCAUGAAAAAGCAUAUGUUUACAAUGGUGAUCCAACAGAUGUUAUAAUGGAAGGAACUCCUCAGGAUGCUUUUCUCGUAACAGCUUAUGCUGAUGCUUACACGGGAGCUCUUCUAGGCUGGGACACAUAUUUCACGUCCUCCAAUAUUUCGAGAGUUUAUCAAAUAUCCUAUCGAUAUGAUAGUAUGACGCCUCAAACUCCUGAUAACAGUGAAUUCGAUCCUCCUGUGGAAUGUCAACCCGUAUAA